AGGCAUCACUAGUGCAGAUCAAUAAAGGCACCAUUCAAAUAGUCUAAAGUGGACGUGUGUGUUGCGUGCGUCCACCAGCAGCAUCCGUGGAGGCAGGGAAGCAACCAUGUGCAGCACCCCGGGCCGUGCAGAGCGCAAAGCAAACCCAGAGACGCGCACACUUGAUGCCCCUCUCAGCAGAAAUGCUCGAGCCCUGGUCCAGGUUGCUUCGGUUUUCUCCUAAAUUUGACUCUCGCUCACUUUUCUGCCUUCAGCGUACCUACAGCACGGCGGGCGGCGCUGUGUGCCUUUCCUCCCGAGAAGAGGGAAUCUCCCUGGAAGGGAAAAAAAUAGGUUAGGGAUUAUAUCUUUCGAGUUCUGACAAUGACGCGGAUUUACAGGGAAGAAUGCUACGAGGGAUCUAUGGAAGUGAGAGACGUCUCCGGUCGGAGAUGCGUUAAAUGUGGCCGAGCUCAAGCCACCACCACGAUGAGGAUUAGGACGGGAAUUGUUUUUUGGAAUCUCUUCUUUUCUCUCAUGUUCACCUGUGUCAAAGGUUUUAUCCAUACUUGUGGAGGCACUUUAAAGGGGAGGAAUGGGACAAUAGAAAGCCCUGGGUUUCCAUAUGGUUAUCCCAAUGGAGCAAACUGUACCUGGGUGAUCAUUGCAGGAGAGGGCAACAGGAUACACAUAGUUUUUCAAUCUUUCGCUGUGGAAGAAGAAUAUGACUUUUUAUCUUUGUAUGAUGGGCACCCACACCCAGCAAACUUCAGAACAAGGUUAACAGGAUUUAGCAUCCCUACACCUGUUACCAGUUCUGGCUCAAUAUUUUCACUGAGGCUUACCAGUGACUUUGCAGUAAGUGCUCAUGGAUUUAAAGCAUCCUAUGAAGAGCUCCGGAGCAGCUCGUGUGGAAAUCCGGGCAUUCCACCUAAAGGCAUACUGAAUGGGACCCAGUUCACUGUGGGGGCAAAGAUCCGUUAUAGGUGUAUCUCUGGCUAUGUCCUAGAUGGCCAUUCACUGCUCACCUGUGUCACUAAUGCAGCUGGUGUGUCCGUGUGGGACUUCCCUGUCCCAAUCUGCAGAGCGGAGGACACAUGUGGUGGAACCCUGAGGGGUUCCAGCGGCGUUAUAUCCAGCUUUGAUUUCCCCAGUGGGGGAUCCCCUGGUGCUGGAGGACUAGGCAGUAGUGGAGAGUGUAAAUGGACCGUCCUAGCUGACCCGGGAGAUACCAUCUCAUUGGUGUUUACAGAAUUCCAAAUGGAAGAGAAGUCUGAUUAUCUUGAAGUAGAAGGAUCAGAAUCGCCAACAAUUUGGCUUACUGGGAUGAAUAUCCCUGCACCAGUCAUAAGCAACAAAAACUGGCUGCGGCUGCAUUUUGUGACCGAGAGCAACCAUCGCCACAAAGGCUUCAGGGCUCAAUAUCAAGUGAAAAGCUCUGGAGAGCUUAAAUCCAGGGGAGUAAAAUUAUUACCAGGGAAGGACAACACAAACAAACUUUCUUUGAUGAAUGAAGGAGGAGUCAAGCAGUUGUCUAAUUACUGUCCUGACCCUGGAGAACCAGAAAAUGGCAAAAGGAUUGGCUCAGACUUAAGCAUUGGAGCAACUGUUCAAUUCAUCUGCGAUGAAGACCAUGUGCUGCAGGGUUCCAAAACGAUUACCUGCCAGCGCGUUGCCGAAGUCUUUGCAGCUUGGAGCGACCACAGGCCCGUCUGCAAGGUAAAAACUUGUGGGUCAAAUCUACUGGGACCUUCGGGAACAUUUACUUCACCUAACUUUCCUAUCCAAUAUGAAAGUAACUCCCAGUGUGUGUGGAUCAUCACUGCCAGUGACCCAAACAAGGUCAUUCAGAUCAACUUUGAAGAAUUUGACUUGGAAAUAGGUUAUGAUUCACUUACGAUUGGAGAUGGAGGAGAAGUAGGGGAUUCAAAAACAAUAAUACAAGUACUAACUGGGAGCUUUGUACCAGACCUGAUUGUCAGCAUGUCCCAUCAGAUGUGGCUUCAUCUGCAAUCUGAUGAAAGUGUGGGCUCCAUUGGCUUCAAGAUCAACUAUAAAGAAAUUGACAAAGAAAGUUGUGGUGAUCCUGGUACACCACUCUAUGGCUACCAAGAGGGAAGUGGCUUUUUAAAUGGAGACGUUCUACGAUUUGAGUGCCAAUUUGGAUUUGAGCUCAUUGGGGAGAGGAUGAUAACCUGCCAGAACAACAAUCAGUGGUCUGCAAAUAUUCCCAUCUGCAUAUUUCCCUGUUUUUCCAACUUCACGGCUCCCAUGGGGACUGUGCUAUCUCCUGACUAUCCAGAAGGCUAUGGCAACAACCUCAACUGUGUAUGGUUGAUCAUCUCAGAGCCUGGCUCCAGAAUUCACUUGGCAUUUAAUGACUUUGACCUGGAACCGCCCUAUGACUUCCUCACCGUCAAAGAUGGUGACCAGUCAGGAUCCACCAUUUUAGGACGUUUCUCUGGAGCAGAAGUUCCCUCCCACCUGACAUCCAAUAGUAACAUCCUGCAGCUGGAGUUUCAAGCUGAUCACUCCAUGUCAGGGAGGGGGUUUAACAUCACCUAUAGCACUUUUGGGCGUAAUGAGUGCCCUGACCCUGGCAUACCACUGAAUGCCAGACGCUUCGGGGACAGUUUCCAACUGGGCAGUUCCAUUUCUGUUGUCUGUGAAGAGGGCUUCAUCAAGACGCAGGGUGCUGACACCAUUACAUGCCAUUUAGAGGAAGGCAAGGUGAUGUGGAGCGGCCUCAUCCCUAAAUGUGAAGCUCCCUGCGGUGGUCACUACUCAGGUCCAACUGGGGUAAUUCUGUCUCCAGGAUGGCCGGGCUAUUACAAAGACUCACUUAGUUGUGAGUGGGUCAUAGAAGCUGAGUCAGGACGCUCCAUCAAGAUCAGCUUUGACAGGUUUCAAACUGAACUCAGCUAUGACUUUCUGGAAGUUCAUGAUGGCCCAAACCUGCUUUCACCUUUGAUUGGUUCAUUCAACGGAACACAGGUUCCUCAGUUUCUUUUUAGUACCAGCAACUUCCUAUAUUUGCUGUUCACCACGGACAAUAGUAGAUCCAACAGUGGCUUCAAAAUCUUCUAUGAAGUUGUCACUGUGGACACAUACUCCUGUAUGGAUCCGGGUAUCCCAGUCAAUGGCGUACGGCUAAGCAGCGACCUGUCCAUCGGCUCUUCAAUAUCCUUCCAAUGUGAUCCAGGAUACAGAAUAAGCCUUGAAGAACCACUGGUUUGUGAAAAGAACCACUUCUGGAGCCACCCUCUGCCCACUUGUGAUGCAUCUUGUGGUGGGGAUAUCAAAGGGCCUGGUGGUGUCAUCCUUUCGCCUGGCUACCCUGAGUUGUAUCCAAACUCUUUGAACUGUACAUGGACUGUAGAAGUUAGCCACGGAAAAGGUGUGCGAUUCACUUUCCACUCCUUCCACUUGGAGGAUCAUCAUGACUAUCUGCUUAUAACUGAAAAUGGCAGCUUCGCUCAGCCACUGGCUCGACUCACUGGCUCAGAGAGGCCGGCUUCGGUUAACGCGGGCCUGUAUGGCAACUUCAAAGCGCAGCUCCGCUUCAUUUCGGACUUCUCCAUAUCUCUUCAGGGAUUCAACAUCUCCUUCUCAGAGUAUGACCUUGAGCCCUGUCAGGACCCUGGCAGACCUCACUUUGGCUGGCACGCGGGCUCAAGGUUUGGUAUUGGUGAUACCCUUUUGUUCCAUUGCAACACUGGCUAUCGGCUGCAGGGGGCAAAGGAGAUUGUGUGUCUGGGAGGUGGCCGCCGUAUGUGGAGUGCCCCUCUGCCAAGGUGUGUGGCCGAAUGUGGAUCGACAGUCUCCAAAAAUGAGGGUGUUCUUUUGUCGCCAAACUAUCCAAUGCCGUAUGAUAACAGCCACGAAUGUGUGUACAGCAUUCAUGUUCAAAGAGGCAAAGGCAUCAACAUCACAGCCAAUACAUUUCAACUUGCACAAGGUGACAUCCUUAAGGUGUAUGAUGGUAAAGAUGGUGCAGCUCCACUCCUCAGCACAUACACUGGUACAUCCAUGCAAGGUUUGUCUCUGACCAGCACAUCAAACUAUAUGUGGCUGGAAUUCUACUCUGACCAGGAUGGCACAGCAGCUGGUUUUCACCUUACAUACUAUAGCUUUGAGCUAUCCCAUUGUGAUGAACCAGGAGUGCCACAAUUUGGCUUUAAAGUUAGUGACCGGGGUCACUUUGCUGGGAGUGCAAUAUCAUAUGGCUGUGACCAAGGUUACACUCUACAUGGAAGUGGCAUACUUAAAUGUAUGACAGGAGAGAGAAGAGCCUGGGACAACAGCCUUCCAUCAUGUAUCGCCGAGUGUGGUGGCAGUUUCAAGGGGAAAUCUUCAGGGCGCAUUCUCUCACCUGGUUAUCCCUUUCCUUAUGACAACAACCUGAGGUGCACAUGGACCAUUGAGGUCACCUCUGGAAAUAUUGUCAGCCUCCAGUUUCUUGCUUUCGACACUGAGGCAUCCCAUGAUAUUCUGAAGGUAUGGGAUGGGCCUCCAGAAAAUGAAAUGUCUCUGAAGGAGGUUAGCGGCUCACUGCUGCCUGAGGGAAUUCACUCAACUCUCAAUGUGGUCACCAUUCAGUUUGAAACUGACUUUUACAUCACCAAAUCUGGGUUUGCCAUUGAUUUCUCGAGCUCUCUUGCCACUGCCUGCAGGGAUCCAGGUAUUCCCAUGAAUGGCAGUCGCAAUGGGGAAGGGCGGGAGCCCAGUGACUCAGUGACCUUCUCUUGUGAUCCGGGAUAUGAAUUGCAGGGGGAGAGCAAAAUCACCUGCAUCCAAGUGGAAAAUAGAUACUACUGGCAACCCAGCCCUCCAAGCUGCAUUGCUCCAUGUGGGGGAAAUGUGACGGGAUCUUCAGGAUUCAUCCUGUCACCCAACUACCCACACCCCUAUCCUCACAGUAAAGACUGUGAUUGGCUUAUUGCUGUCCACUCUGACUAUGUCAUCUCAUUGGCAUUUAUCAGCUUCAGUAUUGAGCCCAACUAUGAUUUCUUGUACAUCUAUGAUGGGCCAGACAGCAGCACUCAUCUGAUUGGCAGUUUCCAGGACAGUAAACUUCCUGAAAAGAUUGAGAGCUCCUCCAACUUCAUGUACUUGGCAUUUCGUAGUGAUGGCUCUGUGAGCUACACUGGCUUUCAUUUAGAGUACAAAGCCAAACUGCGGGAGGCCUGUUUUGAUCCAGGGAAUGUGAUGAAUGGCACAAAAAUGGGCACUGACUAUAAGCUGGGAUCAAUGGUUACAUUUAAUUGUGAGUCUGGAUAUCUGCUGCAAGGUUAUUCUACGCUGACGUGUGUCAUGGGCAACAGCAAGAGACCAGAAUGGGAUAGAAGCAAGCCAAGUUGCCAAGCUCCCUGUGGUGGUCACUUCACUGGUUCAGAGGGCACUGUGCUUUCCCCCAACUAUCCACAUAAUUACACCAGAGGCCAGAGCUGUGUGUAUGACAUCUUCGUCCCAGGGGACUUCGUGUUAUUUGGCCAGUUUGUGGUGUUUCAAACAUUGCCGAGUGACGUUGUGGAGAUCUAUGAUGGAUCUACCACCGAUGCAUCGCUUCUCUCAUCGAUUUAUGGAUCCCAUUCAGGGGAGACACUCCCUUUGAGCUCAGGAAAUAAGGUAACACUUAAGUUUACCUCAAAUGGAACGGACACAGCAAAAGGAUUUCAUUUUGUUUACCAAGCCGUCCCCAGGACAAGCUCCUCUCAGUGUAGCUCUGUCCCGGAGCCCCGUUUUGGGAAGCGUAUUGGGAAUGACUUUGGCACAAGUAUGGUUGUGCUCUUUGAAUGCAAUCCAGGCUAUACGCUGCAUGGCGCCAGUGCCAUCAAGUGUGAGGCUGUGCCCAAUGCUCUGGCCCAGUGGAAUGGCACUGUGCCCACAUGUGUUGUUCCCUGCGGAGGGGUGCUGACAGGCCGCAAAGGCACUAUACUGUCUCCUGGAUAUCCAGAUCCAUAUGCCAACUAUCUGAACUGUAACUGGAAAAUAGCUGUUCCCGAGGGAGCUGGCAUCCAAAUUCAAGUGGUGACCUUUGCAACAGAGCACAACUGGGAUUCGCUUGAUUUUUUCGAUGGAGUUGAUGGAAAUGCUCCAAGACUCGGUAGCUACUCAGGCACAACAAUUCCCCAACUACUGAACAGCACAUCAAACAACCUCUACCUGACCUUUCAGUCUGACAUCAGUGUAUCGUCUGCUGGCUUCCAUUUGGAGUACACAGCAAUAGGUUUGGAUUCGUGCCCUGAACCGCAGCCCCCCACUAACGGCUACAAAGUGGGAGACCGUUACACUGUAGGCGACAUGGUUUCUUUCCAGUGCGAUCAAGGAUUCUCGCUACAGGGCAAUGCAUAUAUUACGUGCAUGCCUGGUCCUGUCAGAAGGUGGAAUUACCCUGUGCCUUUAUGUCUAGCUCAGUGUGGCGGCUCCAUGACAGAUUUCAGUGGUGUCAUCCUCAGCCCAGGCUUUCCAGGGAAUUACCAGAGCAGCCUGGACUGUAGCUGGAGAGUUCGGCUUCCUAUUGGCUUUGGAAUCCAUCUGCAGUUUUUGAACUUCUCUACAGAGCCAGUUCAUGACUACCUUGAAGUGCGCAGCGGGAGCUUGGAGACUGGAACUGUGAUUGAUCGGUUUAGCGGCUCUCUGGUACCCAACUCUCUGUUCAGCACCACCCAUGAGACUACACUCUUCUUUCACAGUGACUAUUCCCAAAACAAGCCCGGCUUCAAUAUUGUCUAUCAAGCUUAUGAGCUCCAAAGGUGCCCAGAUCCUCGUCCAUUUCGUAAUGGUAUAGUGAUUGGCCAAGACUACAGUGUGGGGAUGACCAUAACUUUUGAGUGCCUCCCAGGUUAUACUUUGCUUGGGGAGCCUUCACUUACCUGUCUGCAUGGAGUCAGCAGAAAUUGGAAUUACCCUAUACCUCGCUGUGAAGCUCUCUGUGGCGGUAAUGUAACAUCAAUGAAUGGCACAAUUUACUCUCCUGGACAUCCAGCUGAAUAUCCCCACUUCCAGGACUGUUUGUGGACUGUCAGAGUACCUCCUGGUUAUGGAAUCUACAUCAAUUUUUCAAUCAUAAACACUGAGCCUAUCUAUGACUACAUCACUGUGUGGGAUGGACCCGAUCAGACCUCACCGCAGAUCGGUCAAUUCAGCGGUAGCUCGGUGCAGGAAGGCGUUUCCACCACCGCCAAUCAGAUCCUCAUCAAGUUUCACAGUGACUUCAGUACCAGCGGCUUCUUUGUGCUGAAUUAUUACGCAUACCAACUGAGAACAUGUCAACCACCACCUCCUGUUGCCAAUGCUACCGUUUUAACUGAUGACGACCACUUCGAAAUAGGGGACAUUAUUCGGUACUCAUGCCUGCCGGGCUUCACCUUGGUAGGCAGUGAGAUUCUGACCUGUCGACUUGGAGAGCGGCUACAGAUGGAUGGACCCCCACCAGUCUGUCAAGUCCAAUGUCCUGCUCACGAAGUGCGUUUUGACUCAACCGGGGUAAUCCUGAGCCCUGGUUACCCUGAAAACUACCCCAACCUCCAGAUGUGUUCUUGGCUGAUAAAUGUGGAAAAGGGUUACAACAUUUCACUGAACUUUGAACUCUUUCAGACAGAAAAGGAGUUUGAUAUUUUGGAAAUAUUUGAUGGUCCAAACAUAUAUAGCCAGAGCCUGGCAUCUCUUAGUGGUGAUAUUGAGACACCAUUCAGUCUUACCACCACUGGCCAUCAGCUACUGCUGCGUUGGUCCUCUGACCAUGGCACCAACCGACGUGGCUUCCACAUCAGAUAUGUGGGUGAGUAUCAAACAAUGUACUGCAGUACCCCUGACUCUCCACAGCAUGGUUUUGUGGUCAGCCAAACUGGGGGUCAUGUUAACAGCACAGUGCGCUGGGCCUGUGACAGGGGAUACAAGCUGAUAGGAAAGGGCACAGCUGUAUGCAAGAAGACCACCUAUGGCUACUACACUUGGGACGCACCAGUUCCUGCCUGUCAAGCUGUUUCAUGUGGCGUGCCCAGUGCGCCAGUCAACGGAGGUGUUCUCGCUGCUGAUUACUCCGUCGGCACACGGGUGACCUACUUUUGCAACAGUGGUUACCGGCUUUCCUCCAAAGAGCUAACAACAACAGUCUGUCAGCCAGACGGUACCUGGAGCAACCACAACAAGAUACCCGGAUGCAUCCUUAUGAUGUGUCCGAGCCUCAGCUCCUUUUCGCUUGACCAUGGGAAGUGGAGUAUCGUCAAUGGGUCCUCUUAUGAAUAUGGUUCCAAGAUCAUCUUUACUUGCAACCCGGGAUACUUCCGUGUUGGCCCUGCUCACAUUCAGUGCCUGGCAAAUGGGGUUUGGAGUUGGAGAAAUGAAAGGCCUCGAUGCAGAAUUGUUUCAUGUGGCGACCUGCCCAUUCCGCCUAAUGGAAAGAAAAUUGGGACUCAGACUACCUUUGGCGCAUCAGCCAUUUUCAGCUGCAACCUUGGCUAUGUUUUAACAGGAUCAACUGUUAGAGAGUGUCUCCUGUCCGGACUUUGGAGUGGUACAGAAACUCAGUGCCUAGCUGGUCAUUGUGGCAUUCCUGAACUCAUUGUGAAUGGGCAGGUGAUCGGAGAGAACUUUGGUUAUCGAGACACUGUGGUUUACCAGUGCAACUCUGGAUUUAGACUUAUUGGUUCAUCAGUCCGGAUUUGCCAGCAGGACCACAACUGGUCUGGAACACUCCCAGUGUGUAUCUCUGUCACGUGUGGCCACCCCGGCAGCCCCAUUUACGGGCGCACCAGCGGCGAUGGCUACAACUACAACGAUGUGGUGCGCUUCUCCUGCAACAAAGGCUAUAGCCUAGAGGGUCCUUCAUCAGCCCAGUGUCAAGCUAACCGUCAGUGGAGCCAGCAGCCUGCAACAUGUAGAGUGGUGAACUGCACAGACCCUGGCAUCCCUGCCAAUUCUAUCCGUGAAAGCAAGAUUGAGCACGGCAACUUUACAUUUGGCAGUGUGGUGUUCUACGACUGCAACCCUGGAUAUUAUCUGUUUGGUUCCUCCGUGCUCACCUGCCAACCAGCUGGUCACUGGGACAAACCUCUGCCAGAAUGCAUUGAGGUGGAAUGCGGCCACCCAGGUAGUCCACCACACGGAGUAAUGAUUGGAGAGAAGUUCACCUUUGGCUCCACGGUGCAAUAUUCUUGCUCUGGAGAGCGCCAGCUCAUAGGAGACUCAUCACUCACUUGUCAGCUUAAUGGCCAUUGGAGUGGACCACUACCCCACUGCUCAGGCAACACUGUGGGCACCUGUGGGGAUCCUGGCACGCCUGCACACGCCAGCAGGGAGGCAGGGAACUUCAAAGUGCGAAGCAAGGUGCGAUUCACCUGCGCAGUGGGACAUACACUGUACGGCUCGGCAGAGAGGAUAUGCUUCCCCAACGGGACGUGGUCGGGCAGACAGCCAUUCUGCAAAGCUGUGCAGUGCGGGAACCCAGGAACACCUGCUCAUGGCCGUAUUUCCCGUGUGGAUGGUACAACCUUCUCCCAUUCCAUUGUUUAUUAUUGUAUGGAAGGCUAUUUCCUCUCUGGUAUGCCCACACGCCAAUGUCUGGCUAAUGGCACGUGGUCUGGAAUGGCUCCAAACUGCACAAUCAUCACUUGUAACGACCCAGGAAUCCCAGCAAACGGACUCAAAUUUGGCGAUGAAACCACUGUGGGCCACAAUGUAACCUUUAUGUGCCAGCCGGGCUUUGUGAUGAUUGGAGGGGAACACAAUGUUACCCGGACCUGCACCAAUAAUGGCACAUGGUGUGGCUCCUUACCAACAUGCAAGGUGGUGACAUGUCCAACACCUCCAUCCAUCCCAAACGGCCUUCUGGAGGGCUCUGUGUGGGAAUGGGGCACCAGCGUGAGCUACAGCUGUCUGUCGGGCUAUGAGCUGUCCUUCCCUGCUGUGCUCACUUGCGCAGGGAAUGGGACGUGGAGUGGAGACCUGCCUCAGUGCUUGCCCAAGUUCUGUGGAGAUCCUGGUGUACCUGCCAAAGGACAUCGAGAAGGGCGCAGCUUCAUUUUUAAGUCAGAGGUGACAUUUAGCUGCAGUGCCCCCUAUGUGCUGGUAGGAUCAACAACACGCAUAUGCCAGGAGGACGGCACCUGGAGUGGAUCUCAGCCCCGAUGUAUCGAGCCCACAAGAACGACAUGUGAAAAUCCAGGAGUGCCAGAACAUGGAUUCAUGAAUUAUACGACUGGUUUCAAGGUGGGCAGCAGAGUGGACUUCCAGUGUCAACAAGGACACAUCCUGCAGGGCUCUACCACUCGACUGUGUUUACCAGAUCUCACCUGGACUGGCACUCAGCCUACCUGCAUCCCUCAUUCAUGCAAGCAGCCACGCAGUCCAGCCAACUCUGAUGUGGCGGGUCUGGACCUGGCCUCCUAUGGUUACACCCUUGUGUACACCUGUCAGCCAGGAUUCUUCCUUUCCGGGGGUUCAGAGCACCGCUUCUGCCGCUCUGAUGGUAGCUGGACUGGCAAGGUGCCUGUGUGCAGAGCUGGAUCCAAAUCACAAGAAAAAACUGUCAAAUUAAUACCAGGGACACCAAGACCUAAAAUAAAUGUUCCCGAAGAUGUAUUUGCUCCAGAUUUCCUGUGGAAAGGCUCCUAUGAUUACAAGGGACAGAAGCAUCCGAUGACGAUGACAGUCUCAAGCUUUAAUACCACAACGGGAAAAGUGAAUGUAACUUUAAACGACAGUAGCAUGGAGUUUCUGCUCUCUGGCGUGUACAAGCACCAGGAGGCAAGGCUGACGCUCCUGCUGUAUCACAUGAGAGCACUGGCCCACAGCUCCUUGAGUCGGAUUACGGAGGAGACCUGGUCAAUGGACGGAUUUGUCUCAGCUGAGCCUGAGGGUGGCAGCUUUGUGUACCAAGGCUUUAUACAGGGUAAAGACUAUGGACAGUUUGGACUACAGAGACUUGGUUUGAGUUUGAGAGAGAAUAUUACACUAGCUGACCCUGAGACCAACACGUCCUCCAACAGCAGCUCUGUUGCUGUCGCAAUCCUCGUGCCUUUCUUUGCGCUCAUCUUGGCCGGUCUUGGUUUUUAUGUCUACAAACAGAGGAAAACAGACAAAGCGCAGUACACAGGAUGUUCUGUUCACGAAAACAACAAUGGACAAGCCACGUUUGAGAAUCCCAUGUACAACACCAACACAAAAGCUGCCGAGGGGAAAGUCGUCCGCUUUGACCCCAAUCUCAACACCAUCUGCACCAUGGUUUGAUGCCUGCAGCGUCCCACAGAAGGACUACUUUGUUUGCUUAACAUGAAUAUAUAUUGACAUAUUUAGACUUUUUCCGGUUGGCGCUAAACAAAGUCAGAGAGCUGCUCAGAAACACAAAGCACACGCUCACCAACACAACACCUUGCUAUUUGCGGUGUAAACACAAAAGGUAAGAAAUGGAAAUGAGGAUGGAGAGGUGCCUCAUCACCUUCUUAUAGGUUGGUGAAGAAAUAAAGAAGAAGAAAAGGGGCUUCCUACACUCUGUGAGUGUUGUUAUAAUAGCCUUCAGUCCAAUAGUGCUAUUCUCUUUAGGGUUAUUAUGUCACAAUGCCAAUGAGAAAUGUUUUAUUGUAAUUUUCAUGUCCACAUUAAGACAUGUUUCGUGGUGAGUUCCACAUCCUCUAUUUUGUUUUCAACCUCAGCACUGCAGUGAUCGAAUGAUUUUUGAAAACUAAAAAAUAACUUUGCUCUUUCCUCAUACAGUGGUUGUGUUUUUCAAGUUAUACAGCCAGUGCGCCAAUUUAAUUGGUCAGUGCAUCCCACUGACAAACUAUAUGGCCUGGAUUUAAUUACUGAAGUGCAGUGCCAUUUUGCCCAGUUCCAAUGGGAAAGCUUUUACUUUUAAUGUACAGUAUUCUCACACAACAAAUUCCUUUGUUUAAAACCGGUUUGCGUGCCAUUAAUUUAUUUAGCCAGAUAUUUUUUCUUUGAGUGUUCACAUUAAUUUAUAAUUCUAGUCUAUUGAGUGCGUUAGUCAUAUUGUGCCAUAGUAUUUAUACUAAAAUGAUCCAAAGUAAUUUCUUUUCAUGUUCUACAGGUUGACCCAAAAAAUGGGAACAUUUUAGCAAUCCAUUCAAACACAGAGUGGUGGAAGAAAAAUAUUUUAUACUAAUUGAAACUUUAAAAUGUGCCAUUUAAGAUACAAUUAUGGAAUUUUCAUUUAAAAAAUUAUGUCCUUUAAAUGGCGUCCUCCUGCACGAAGCAUUCUUGAAAUCUGCUGUUGGGGGAAAAAAAGGAAAUUUUUUGCACAUUGGCAGACGUGAGCAGGUGGCAGCACUGCCAGCAAGUAAACAAUGUGCCAUUUUAGUAACCAUGAUGAACUCGGGUGGAAAUUCACAAUAUCCAGGCUCAGAUGAGGAAUCAGUGAAUCAAGAACGCAUUCAUAUAGGAGGACGCCAUGUAAAGAAUGUCAUUGAAAGAAAAAAAAAAAAAAAAAGAAAAAUUCCAUCACUUUCUUUAACCCUUAAAUACCUGCAACAUGAAGCAAUUUUCAGAGAAUCCCAAAAUUUGAAAAAAUAAGGUCCUCAUGAAACCUUUUUUUCAAAUUCAAAAAGAAAAGUCGAAUAUGUGUAAUAAGCGCUCUAAUAUCUAUAACCCUUACUAAAUCUUGUUGUUGUUUUUUUUUUUCUCGUGGAACCUGCAGAUGCAUGUGUUGGCUUGCAUCCAUUUUUUUUUUUUCAAAAAGGUAUGUCAAAAUUCUGAAUUAGUCUCAAAAUCAUGAAAUUUUAGGUUCAUCAAAUGUGAUACAUUUGGCAAUAAAGGGUUGAUGGCAUGUUUUAAGGAUUCAAUUAAUAUAAAUGUUUCCUCUUUCGUCACUUUGGGUUGUAUUUGAUUGUUUAAAAGUUCCCAGAUUUUUGGGUCACCCUGUAUUGGAUCAUGGGUAUCUGUUUCAUUUUAUCCCCAAUAAGCCUAUUGUAAGUCAAUGAAACUCAUUCGAAAAAAAGGCACAGAUCAACAAUCUCAAAGUAGGAAAUCUUUGCAUAAUUAUUACAGGGUUUAUUGAGUGUCAUGUUUAAGCAUGAGUGCAGCAGUAACGACCAGGUUAUAGGAUUUAAUCCAUGAUCAAAAGGCAAAGAUGCAAAAUGUCAAUGUGGAGUUGGAGGUUUAGUCAAGCUUAUGUUUUUUUUUUUUUUUUUUUUUUUUUUCCCCCCCAUCUUACUUCCACGUCCUCAUUGUGGGCUGGAAGUAAGUGAUCAAUCUUUGUUAUUUUUAGAAAAAGCUGUGCCUUAUAGUGCACACUCAUUGUACACAGCCAAAUCUUAUAAAGUCACACUUGCCCCUACUCUGCUGGUUCCCAGUGGCUAUAGCUGGGGCUGUCAUAUAACCUCCACCAUUUUCCCCCAUUCAUUUAACCCAUUCCAGUAGGAAACAUUUCACACACAUUUGCUUUGCAGCUUGAUUGGCUGUUUUUUAAUUUGUUUUCAAACUUCCUGCCCCACGCACCACGUGUUACCUCGCUAAUUAAACGGUCAGUUAUUUAUGUCACUUUGUGUUCAUCAGCAUAUUUUGAAAAGCUUGAUGAGUACAAGGCCUUGAUCUAAUUCAUUGACGCCCACUGAGAGUCAUCAGCUGCUGCCAACAAAUGUACAAUAAACAUGAUCAAAGAAAAAUCGCACAAUAAUGAGCAACCAUCACCAUUAGAUUUUCCAUAUGUCUGAUACUUUCUACAAUACAUCAUAGCAGUGCCUUGAAUACUGUAUGGGCAUAUGUUGUCAAAGGAGGCAUAACAUUUACAGCAUUAGAAAUCAUAUCCUGUAUGCUGUGUAGGAAUAAACCGCCGAAUGGAAGCCCGCUUGCGAGCGCGUGUGAUCAUACGUAGUUUCAUGUUUCACCUGUGCAUGUCAGCUCAGAGGUGAUCCACUAUAGAACUUUGUACCUCUGUCAUUGCUGUUAAACACUUUGUACAUUUAUACAGUUUUGAUACUAGAUGGAAUUCCUUGGUGAGAUGUCUUGUGUUAUAAAUAUGUAAUAUAUUUUGCCAAGCGCGUAUUUCCUAUGGACGAUGAUUUAAAAGAUGCAUCUUGUAAAAGCAGAGAAGUUCCGAUCAGUGAAAACCAUCAAACGUUAUCGUACUCUUCAGAAAUGUUAUAUAUGAAUAUGUACAUAUGCUGACAUUUUGUAAAGAGAUCUAUUUUUAUUCAAAUAAAACAUUUGUAAGUUAUUGAAAAUGUUGUGUAAAAUUCACAUGUAAAUGUCAUGUAAGAUUACAAAAUGUUUUGUAUAUUUUUUCUUUAUGAGCAAUGUAUAAACCCUUAAUUUAAAUAUAAAAUAUAAAAUUAAGUUCAGUGUUGCGGUUUUCUUUUCUCAUUACAAACACCUUUUUGUGAUCAAUGCAACUCUCCACUUUGUUACACUUAUUGCAAUGUAAGCGUAGCGAGAGAACUAAAUGUUUUAUUAUUCAGCCACUGUUGCCCAUUUUUCUUUUUUUUUUUAUGAGUUUUCCAUUUGCUGACCGCUGCUCAGUUCAGCACUGAUGUUAUCACUGUCCAAGGCACCCUCCACAUACAGUUGCCUGUAACGACAUUGUGUACCAAUAAUUCUUGUUAACAAUAGCGCUGGUGCUCAGCACAUAUUUGCCACCCAUUAAAACAUUUGAUGGUAACAUGAUUUUUAUUCCCACUGUGCAUAUUUUUAGUGUGCCUGAGGGGGCAAUGGUAACCAUUAAACGUGUAAGCUUAUAAAAAUGGUGAUGCUACACUUAUUUUACUUUCUAUAUAGCAAGUGUGCAUGAAUUUUGCCUCUAGGUAACUGAUAGCAAUUACAGAGAAUCUUUGAAAAAAUCAGUAAGGUGAAUGCUCAGUUUUGCGUAUGCCUCCUCGGAAAAUUUAAACAUUUUUGGUAAGCAUACAGAGAAUGUACAGUGAUAUGAAAAAGUAUCUGAAGCUUUUGGAAUUUCUCACAUUUCUUUAUAAAAUCCCCAUCAAAUGUGACCUGAUCUUUGUCAAAAUCACACAGAUGAAAAAAAAACUGCUUUAACUAUAACCACCCAAACAUUUAUAGGUUUUCAUAUUCUAAUGAGGAUA